AUGUCGUCGCACGCUGAGUCUUCUGCUGCGCCUACGCAUCCCAAUAUAGACGAAAGUUCAAAGACGCAACAACUGCAGAAAAACGCUUGUUUGGUAUGUAGAAGACGGAAAUUGAGGUGUGAUGGAGUGAGUCCUUCGUGUGGAAGAUGCGCAAGAUUGGGUCACGAGUGUAUAUAUAAUGAUGCCAGAAAGAAGAGUGGUCCAAGGCGCGGAUAUGUGAAAGGACUUGAGUCGAGACUUGCGCAAGUUGAAGAUUUGUUGAAAAAAUAUGAGACAAGUGAAGGUGGAAAGCAUGAAAGUUCAAAUACCCUUCACGUAGAUAUCGGAGAUCCUAGUGUCUUUGAUGAUUUGGACAUCCAGAUGCCUCUUGAUCUAGACCAAUCCUUGAUGACAAGCGCGGAAGACAACGAAACAUUCUCUCGGUCGUUUGAUCCCCUGAUAACGACACCGUUUUCUGGAAUCAACCUCUCAGACCUAUCAUCAGCUCCGUUAGACGACGCUUCUCUCUGGGCCAUGAUCGAACUUGGAGUAGAAGAGCCGCUUCCUCCCCAGGACACAAUCGACGAACUAACCGAGAUAUACUUCACCAAAGUCCACCCCUCAAUCCCUAUCAUACACCAAUCUCGCUACCUCGCCUCCCUCAGUCUCCCCACCCACUCUCGGCCCCCAAUCUCCCUCCGCUACGCUAUCCUCUCACACUCCGCUUCCAUAACCCCCUCUUACCACCACCUACACAUCCACUUCCACCUCCUCUCCCGCAAAUACGCACAGAUUGCUGAAACUUCUCCCAAUCGUCAGAAAUACAUCAACAUUCAGCACGUGCAAGCUUGGCUCCUGAUCGCCAUGUACGAGUUCAAGAUGAUGAUGUUUCCCAACGCAUGGAUGACGACUGGACGCGCUGUAAGGAUCUGUCAGAUGCUGGGACUGCAUAGAUUGGAUGGGCUGGGGUUGGACGUUAAGAGGACGCUGAGAGGUGUGGGAGAAAGGGGCGAGAGGGAGGAGAGGAGGAGGGCUUUUUGGUGGGGAUUCAGUAUGGAUCGGUAUGCGGCAGUCGGGACGGGGUGGCCGUUGAUUGUUGAUGAGAGGGAUAUCGUGACCAAUAUGCCUUGUUCGGAAGAAGCUUUUGAGCAAGGAAUGGACGACGCUCCAGGGAUAUCACUGGCGGAAGCCAUGAGUCCAGCUCACGCAUCUUCCCUCUCUCCAUUUGCAGGCUGUGUCGUGGUAGCCAGUCUCACAGGCCGUGUAUUUCAGCAUCUCCAUCGUCCUACGACCACAGUUAGCGAGGAAGAGGAAAAUCUCGAGUUCUGGAAGAGGCAUCGAAGCAUAGACAAUACGCUCCUCAACAUGUCUCUUUACCUCCCAGCACAUCUUCGCUUACCAUCUGGAUCAUCAAACCCUAACACCAUCUUUCUCAACAUGAGUUUGCAGUCUGCAGUUAUUUGUUUACAUCAAGCUGCGAUUUUCAAAGCCGAAAAACAAAUGGCAGGGACUGCAGAACUGGUGGUUGAAGAGAGUAAAGCAAGGUGUUUCGCUGCUGCAAUGCAGGUAUCACAUGUCAUGAAAUGGGUAGCUCAUGUUGAUUUGGCAACGCUGAAUGUCUACACACCCUUCUCUCUAUACGUAGCUACACGUAUCUUUGCCGAAAUCGCGAAACGAAAUCCGUACGACGACGAAGCACAAUCAUCAAUGCGAUUCCUUCUUUCCGCCCUAGUUGCCAUCAAGGACUCAAAUCCACUGGCGGAGUCGUAUCUCUUACAACUGGACUUGGAAGGGUUUGGACUUCCCGCGCUGCAGGAAAAUGUAACGUUUUCGAACCUUGAACAAAGCGUGGUAUGA